AUGAGAAUUGGCGAAUCGAUCACUUAUUUAUUUAAAGAGUUGGUAAGCAACGAAUUUUCAAAAGCAAAUUUGCUCAAAGAAUUGACUUAUAUCGCACGUAUAAGGACUAGUGAUGUCAGUACUACUACUACUACUACUACUACUACUACUACUACUACUACUACUACUACUACUACUACUACUACUACUACUACUACUACUACUACUACUACUACUACUACUACUACUACUACUACUACUACUACUACUACUACUACUACUACUACUACUACUACUACUACUACUGAUGAGAUUUUUCCAUAA